AUGUCACAAUCCGACAUAACUCGGCAGAAAUUAAUUGAACCUGAUUAUGAACCAGUUAGUUCAUCACGUAAACUUAAUUUAUUACGUCAACGUUCAGCUCGUUAUUCAUAUCGGCAAAGAUGUUGUAAAUGUUGUCCAGCAAUACUUUGUGAACUUUUAUUUCCAAUUACCAUAAUACUAUUGUUAACGUUAACUCGAUAUGGACUCAAUCGACUAGCCGAAAAGCAAAAUAAUCAUGAAAAUUUACCUGGAGCUUUUAGUAAAAGUCUAUGUUCGCAAGAAAUCAAUACUCCACCAACUUCAUCAAAUGAUAUAUUUAGUAAUUGUUUUAAAUUUCCACCAAGUUAUAAAGGUGGUCGUUGGAGUUCACAUACUCUGGAUGAUGUUUCCAAUAAAACUAAUAUUGUUUUCGAACCGAAUCGAACGGAUGUCAACGAACUUGUUCAACGUGCUACAAUACGUCUAGCGGCAAUGAAAUGUAAUAAUACAAACAUUUGGAGUCACGAUUCAGACGAUAAAAUGGAUAUGCAUUUAUUACAAAAUAAAACUAUAAAUACAGUUAUAGUGGAUUUCAGUGCAACAUCUGAUCUAAGAAAAGAACACAAUCUUGUCUGUAAGUUGAUUUAUCUAUGACAAGCUUAUAAACUAUGAUUGACUCAUUACACUAUACUAUAUAUAAAUAAAGAACACUUGAACAGAAGCUAAAACUUCAAUAAAAACAAAUCGAAUAUAAAAUAGAAUGCUAAGAUGCAUGUUUAAAUAAGAGUUUCCAAAAAUUGAUGUAUUCUUCCCUUUCAAAUAAAGAAGCAAAGAAAAGAAUUCGAUUAGACCGAAAAUAAUUUCAUCUCGACAAAAGACCUACUAAAAUCUUAAAUAAACAUUAGACAUUCAAUAGUAAAUUUUAACUUUGCAUUGAUAUUAAUUCAAUGAUUAUUGCGUAUUGUCUAUUUUUAGACAACAUUAUUGUUCGAACAUCAAAUAUUAUUUUGAAAAAUGAUCCUGUCGAUAUGUCAUUCAUAUCAUAUAAACAUCCAGGUAUAUUAACAAAUCAUUUUUUCUUU